AUGAACAUCAAAAUGCCGCCGCCACAACUGUCGGAGCAUAAAUCACGACGAUUCACUGUGCGAAUUCUGGCCGCAACUCACCCUUCCAGCCCCUCUUGUCUCAUCCUCUCUUGGAUGCCAGCCCGAGCCGCAAAAGUGCCUCAGGGACGGACAAUCUGGCCGGAGAAGGUGGACGAGCACCGAAUUCGCAUGCACGAGACCCUUAGCGGCCUCCUGGCCCCACAUAUCCAGCAUGUGGUGGAGUUCGCCAAGCGCAUCCCCGAUUUCGGUCACCUAGGCCAGCCAGAUCAACUGGUCCUUAUAAAGGCCGCCUUCUUCGAGGUCUGGAUAACUCAGGCAGCUAAGACCUUUUCCUCCACUGAUCGCACUGUCAUCAUCGGUGAUGGUCGUCAAAUCGCCAAACAAGAACUCGACUUUAUUUACUCUGUAAGCCUUUACCUUACUAGGGAGGGGGUGGUUUAA